AUGCACCCGAGAGAUGGGCUGCGGAGGCAGCACUCCCGGCUGUCCAGGGACGAGGAGGGCAGCCCUGUGGCAGAUCCGAGCGCGGAAGGAGUAGAUCUGGGCGCGGAAAGUGCAGAUCUGGUCGCGGGAGGUGCAGAUCUGGUCGCGUGGUAUGCAGAUCUGGACACGCAUAGUGCAGAUUUGGAUGCACGGAGGGCAGCUCUGGUCGCGCGGAGUGCAGAUCUGGUCGCGCGGAGUGCAGAUCUGGUCGCGCGGAGUGCAGAUCUGGUCGCGCGGAGUGCAGAUCUGGAUGCGCAGAAUGCAGAUCUGGUAACGAAAUGGGGAGAUCUGGGCGCGGGAGGAGUAGAUCUGGGCGCGGGAGGAGUAGAUCUGGGCGCGGGAGGAGUAGAUCUGGGCGCGGGAGGAGUAGGUUUGGGCGCGGGAGGAGUAGAUCUGGGCACGGGAGGAGUAGAUCUGGGCGCGGGAGGAGUAGAUCUGGGCGCGGGAGGAGUAGAUCUGGGCACGGGAGGAGUAGAUCUGGGUGCAGGAGUUGCAGAUCUGAGCGCGAGGAGAGCGGAUCUGGGUGCUGGGAGGGCAGAUCUGGGCGCUGGAAGGGCAGAUCUGGGCGCUGGGAGGGCAGAUCUGGGCGCUGGGAGGGCAGAUCUGGGCGCUGGGAGGACAGAUCUGGGUGCUGGGAGGGCAGAUCUGGGCGCUGGGAGGGCAGAUCUGGGCGCUGGGAGGGCAGAUCUGGGCGCUGGGAGGGCAGAUCUGAGCACUGGGAGGGUAGAUCUGGGCGCUGGAGUUGCAGAUCUGGACGUCCGUGGAGCAGUGCCUUGGAGGGCUGCGCCUUAUGGGGCGCGCGGGGAGGAAGGAUAG